AUGGCUGAGCAGCUGGUUCUUCGCGGCACCCUUGAGGGCCACAAUGGCUGGGUUACUUCCCUCGCCACCUCCCUGGAGAACCCCAACAUGCUGCUGUCCGCAUCCCGCGACAAGACCCUGAUCAUCUGGAACCUUACCCGUGAUGAGCAGGCCUACGGUUACCCCAAGCGCAGCCUCGAGGGUCACUCGCACAUCGUCUCUGACUGUGUGAUCUCCUCCGAUGGUGCCUACGCUCUGUCCGCCUCGUGGGAUAAGUCUCUCCGUCUCUGGGAGCUCUCCACCGGUAACACCACCCGCACUUUCGUCGGCCACACCAACGAUGUUCUGUCCGUCUCGUUCUCGGCCGACAACCGUCAGAUCGUCUCCGGUUCCCGUGACCGCUCCAUCAAGUUGUGGAACACCCUCGGUGACUGCAAGUUCACCAUCACCGACAAGGGCCACACCGAGUGGGUUUCCUGCGUUCGCUUCAGCCCCAACCCCCAGAACCCCGUCAUUGUCUCCGCUGGCUGGGACAAGCUCGUCAAGGUUUGGGAGCUCGCUUCCUGCCGUCUCCAGACCGACCACAUCGGUCACACCGGAUACAUCAACACCGUCACCAUCUCCCCCGACGGAUCCCUCUGCGCCUCCGGUGGCAAGGACGGUACCACCAUGCUCUGGGACCUUAACGAGUCCAAGCACCUCUACUCCCUCUCCGCUGGCGAUGAGAUCCACGCUCUCGUCUUCUCCCCCAACCGCUACUGGCUCUGCGCUGCCACCAGCAGCUCCAUCACCAUCUUCGACCUCGAGAAGAAGAGCAAGGUUGAUGAGCUCAAGCCUGAGUUCGUUGAGAAGGGCAAGAAGAGCCGUGACCCCGAGUGCAUCAGUUUGGCCUGGUCCGCUGAUGGCCAGACCCUGUUCGCCGGUUACACCGACAACAAGAUCCGUGCCUGGGGUGUCAUGUCGCGCGCUUAG